CAUGCCGCGCAUCAAUCUCCCACCACUGACCCGCGGCUUGCUCCUCACCAUUCUCACCCUCUCGUCCCUCAACGCCGUAUUACGGACAAACAAAUGGCGAUCCUCCCUCGACUCCAUCACCUCCUCCACCACAAACUACCUCUCCAGUCCGCAAUGGGCAGUGCCCUACCUCGUCCUCGUCCCGACCAAGAGCAUCAUCUACCCCUGGACAUUCGUAACGUCGGCUGUCGUCGAAAACAACCUCGUCUCCAUGGUCGUCAGCGCGGUCGUGGUCUUUUUCGGCGGGAGAUAUCUUGAACGAGCUUGGGGGAGUAAAGAGUUUGGAAAAUUCGUGCUGUUCACCAGUUUGAUACCUAACAUCCUGACAUUUCUCAUCUACGCCAUCUGGCAUGCUGUCACGACAUCGCCAGAGUUCCCCACCCCAAUCAACGGCCUCGUUGCUCUCGAAGCCGGCUUCCUCGUCUCCCUCAAACAGCUCGUCCCCGAACACACCGUCUCCCUCUUCCGCGGCACCGUGCGCAUGCGCAUCAAACACUUUCCCGCCGUCUUCGUUCUCUCCAACAUCCUCUCCGGUCCACUCCUCGGCACUGACACAGCUCUCUGGCUCAGUCUCAUCGGCUUUUCCUGCUCCUGGACUUUCCUGCGCUUCUUCCGGAUAUCGGAGAUUGCCAGCGCGGCCACGGGAGGGGAGGCCAGUGUGAUGAAGGGCGACGCGAGCGAUACAUUUGCGUUUGUGGCGUUCUUCCCAGACGCGUUGCAUCCUGUUAUCGCGCCGAUCAGUGAUGGGAUUUAUGGUCUUCUCGUGCAGCUAAGGCUGUGUACGCCAUUCUCGGACGAGGCGAUUGAGGCGGGAAAUGAGAGUGCGGCGUCGAGGUCAGAGGCGGGAUUGCCGGGGAUUAUGAAUAGUCGGGGAGGAUCAGGAGGUGGUGGACGACGGGCAGAAGCGGAGAGAAGACGAGCGCUGGCUUUGAAGGCGUUGGAUCAACGAUUGAGCGAGUCUCGCAACGAGUAA